AUGUCAAGGUGUGUCAAGGUCUCGCCCUCCCAUCAACCUUGUACACUCAGGGGACAUUUGCACACCAAUGUCCCCAGCGAAGAAGGAUAUAAUUGUCUCACAUCAUUUUCUGUGUCAUGAAGCUUUUCCACUGAGUUUUAUGAGACUGAGGGGUUCCUGCCCCCACGCCUGACCGAUGCCUCAGGCAGUUUGGGACAUGUAUAAAAGAGCUGAAAGCCUCACAGCCUCUAUCCAGAUUCCUGCUCUUGACUCUCCUGAUCAAACGGGUAAGUGCAGCUCUUGGAGCCUCUUGCAGAUCUCUCCCUGCCUCCCUUGACAGAGUUUCUUGCCCUCACCCUUGCCUAAUCCCUGAUGCAUUUUCCAGGACUCCUUGCCUGCCUGAAAGAUGUCCUGCUCCAGCCUGUGUGCCCCUUCCUGUGGGGUGGCCGCCCCGUGCCCAGUGGCUGACACCACCAACGAGCCCUGCGUGCGUCAGUGCCAGAGCUCCUCGGUGGUGAUCCAGCCCCCAGCCACGGUGGUCACCUUCCCCGGACCCAUCCUCAGCUCCUUCCCUCAGCACAGUGCUGUGGGCUCAGCGGGAGUCCCUGCCAUUGCUGGGGGUUACGGUGGCAGUUUUGGAGGCUAUGGUGGUUAUGGAGGCUAUGGGGGCUAUGGAGGCCUUGGUGGCUAUGGGGGCUAUGGAGGCUAUGGUAGCUGUGGAGGCUAUGGAGGCUUUGGUGGCUAUGGAGGCUUUGGAGGCUGCGGAUAUGGCGGCUGGCGCCGGGGCCGCUCAUACCUCAGUGGCAGCUGUGGGCCCUGCUAACCACACACUGGGUACGGCCACAGACAUGGGUGAGCUCCAGAAGAUACCCUGGCACAUCCCAACAUGACGCUCUGUGGAGGAACAUUCCUUCGGUACUGCUGGGAUCCAGAGCUCGGAAGUCUCUGGCCUGCUUGAAGCCCAAGUCUGCCUUUCUCCUGCCCUGCUUGAGCUUCACUUCAGGACGUACUGUCCCCUGACAAAGCUGUCACAUGCUGC